GGGCCGGGCCGGGCCGAUGGAGGCGCUGCGGGCAGUGCACGGCGCGGCGGUGUGGCUGGCGCUGUUGCCGUGGGGCGGGCUGCGGGCGGGGCCGGGCGCCGUGGGGCGUCCCGCGGCCUCCGAGGUGCUGAGCCGGCACCUGGCGCAGCGCGGCCUGCCGCCCUGGACCUCGUUCUGCGUCAAGUACAGCGCCGUGCGCAACGACCAGUUCGGCCGCUCCCACUUCAACUGGGCCGUGCGCGGCACCAACUACCUCGUGCUGCGCACCGGCUGCUUCCCCUUCGUCAAGUACCACUGCUCCCGCGGGCCGCCGCUGCCCCUGGCCCGCCUCGACGCCGCCCUCGGCGCCAUCAAGAUCAUCAACGCCGGUAUCCCAACCUUAUUAUAUGGAAUUAUCUCCUGGUUCUUUGCCAAUGUCACAGAAACUGUUCACACAAGCUGUGGCCCAGUGACUAUCUAUUUUCUAAAUAAAGAAGAUAAAGGUGCCCUGUACUGAAAUUACGUAUUCAAUUGCUUCUCAUCUGAGAGAAGAAGUGAAUGUUAGAGUCAGUGAAGAUGAAGAAAUCAACAGCUUUGGAAAAUGAAUUGAUUCUGCUGUCCUCAGAGGUGUUAGCUGUCAAAUCAAUGACUGAAAUACUUAUUAUUGGGAAUGAUGGGGUUUUUUUCCUGUUGAUAUACAUUCAGCCAUGAUGAUAAUUGAAAUAUAUCUUUAAGCAAGCAAGUUCUCUAAAAAUGUUACAUAUAAUUAUAAAUGACUUGGAUUUGGGAUUCUCUGUAUACAGUGGAUUCUUUCAGAUUGUGAUUAUCCUUGCAGCUACUCACAGUCUGAAAGAGUCUAUUAUUAUACCAACCUGUUUUAUACAAAUGUGGUGAAAUGCUCAGUUAAGCACCCAUCCCAAGAUUAAAAUCCACAUGAACAGAAUAUCAUCUGUGUGCAUCUAAACACUCUCAUUUUAAAUACAUUUUAAAAACUAAUUAUCAGUUGCUUCCAUCUUUAUCUCUUGGUCCUUGAACUCAGGGUUCUGUGUUUCUUUUGUUGCAUUUCGUUUAUCCCUAACAUGUCCAACAGUCUGAAAGAUGCAGUUCCCUACUCUUCUUUACAGAUUAUUGAUACUGGUAGCCACUGGAAAAAAACUGAGUGUCAUUCUUCUAAGGUCAUGGCACACGGAGAAAACUAAAUAUUUUCACCUAUUAUUAAUAUUCCUAGAUGUUAGUAUUCCUAGAUGAUUGGAGAUUAAAAGAGUACUUAAAUUCAAGACUUGGUGAAGAGAUGGUUUAGUGGGAGCCAGCCAUCAAACUAAUCAAGAGUCUGAGCGCUGAAACGUUCCUAGUCAGCCCCCAAAAGAGAGGUUUAUUUGUUUGACACGUUUGUUUUUAGAGUUUGGGAUUACUUUUUGGUGUUAGUAAUGAGGGACUUGUAAACUUAGUGUCCCAAGCCACUUUUCACCUCUUGCACAGAAAGGAUGUGUACUAAGUACAGCCACUCAAAGCGGGAGGCAGAAUUGUCACUUCUCCAGAAGGGUAGUGAUCACUACUAGUAGAGAAAAGCCAAGAAAGUGCUCAGCAAAAGAUUGGCACUGAAAAAGUAUGGUAAAACAACACAGUAAAGAAAGAGGGCUGUGGGAGAGAGAGACAUUAAUUUUGCUAUAAAUAACAUUGUGCUGGUCAGGGGAAUCUCAGGUGCUUUUAAAAAACAAAACAAAAGUAAGCUCAUUUGCACCUGGGAGGAGGGAAGAGGAUUGAAAGGUGUUCUUAAAGACAGUAUCUAGGUUAUACCUCUGUGUAGCUAGUUAUAUAGCAAGUUUCUGAAAUAUCCAAACAGUUUAGAGAGAGCAGAGAUCUAGAUGCGAAUCUUUCAAAUCUUGCGUGUCACUUGAAUGAUGGAAAUAAUACAGUCCAAGUAGAGUUACUUGGGGAUGAACAGAGACACUUUGUUGCAUAACAGCUGUCUGACCAGUGUAAGAGACAUUUGUAUGCUGUGAAUGGUUUUGUUUUAAAGUAUUGUUCAGCAAGUAAUGUCUUUUGUAUUGAAAAUAAAUGUGCAAAAGACUUAAAAUACAAUCACUGGUGUGAAGCUUGGUUUACACAAGAGUGUUUUGUGGAUAGAAAUAAAGUUCUAUCAACAAAACCUUGUGUUCAUCUACCUACGUAAUGCCCGAAGGCUAACAACAACCUAGGUUUGUGUUGGCUAAGACAUACUACCUCCCUUAGUGACACAAUGAUCAUGUCAUUAUAAACCAAACGAAUAAGGACAUUCUUUGGCUCAGUUAGUGCAGGAAGACUGCUGCAGCUAACGUGAUGCCACCUGUUCUGGCCAUGGUUAUUGCCAGUGUGGGUAUAAUUAUUGUCCAAAUUCAAGCUGGAAAUGGUGGCCCACCUCCCUUCUCAUGUUGCUCCUAAUCUCCCUUCUGUGUUGGGAAAACCUCUUUCCUUGUCCUGCCACCUGUGCAAGUGGACAGGUAUGGCUUGCCACAGGGUGGAAUGCACUCUGAAACCCUGUCCUUCUGAUUAGAGCGAGGAGGACGUGCUGGUCCUCCUCAGCCGUUGGGGAGGUGCAGCUAUUCAGUAUCAGAAUUGCGGGAAGAGUCACUUACGAGGGCAGAGCAUGGCAACGAGUUCAGGUGGGCUCCCUGCCAGCUCUACCACAGGGUUAACGUGUGGAACAACGAAAUGGGAGCGGCUUCAUCGAUGUGCCCCUUUUUGUUGAGAGCCUCACACCAUCUUUUGGCAGGGACUGAGCCAUGACACUGACUGUGGAUAUCCUGCAGGAUCUCGAGGAGGGAACCUCCAAAGCAAUGAGGUGGACGCUGAUACCUUGGACAAGCAGGAGGGAGAUUGCCAAGGCAGAUCAUAACUCAUUGUGCCCUGCUUUGCUUUAGACCAGGUGUUCCAUAUGCAGGCCAGCCAAAGGCACAACCAGUCCCAAAGAACAGAAUGCAGCAAGGAAGAAGACAGCGUUGUGUUCUUGGCUGGGCUGGUCAUACGAGGCGCAUCUUUAACAUUAGUGGCAAGGCCAACACUGAUGAGGAAAUGAAAAAGAUGCUCCAGGAAGGACGUAUUCCUGGGGUAUUGAAAUGCACAGACAUGGGCAAGAAGCAGCCGAAUGAGGGGCUCUCUAGGACCGUGAAUGGAGAGCAGGUAGAGGAAGAUGCUGUGAAAAAUGGUCAGCCAUCAGAUGCAGCACAUUGCAUCCCUCUCCCCUUUUUAACCCAUGGAAAAUGCCAUCUACAAGGAGUCUUACACACUACCUACACCAUGACAUAGAUAUAACCACUGCCCCCCAAAGCAUCCCCUCGGCAUCAUCAGAAGUGCAAGAAAAUUACAGCUUUCCAGAGCUCAAAGGUUAGCCUAUGUGCUGGCAAGCACUUGAACUUCCUUCUUCAGGACUUUGCAUAUCCUGAUGUGAAAUGCUUAUGUUGCUUUUUCUGGCUGAUUACUCCUGAGUUGGCUUGAUCUGUCUGUUUCCAUGAACGUAUACAUUGCGCUACAGUUUGUUUCACCCCAAAUAAAAUCUUUUCUAUUGAA